AUCAAAUUCUGCCCUGCUGGACCCUGUUGAAAUUCUGAAGGAAAAAAAAGCGUGAGUCUUAGCGCCGGCGCUAAACCCUCCAAAUGGCUCCAGUCCGGACCCUUUUUCGAAACCCUGCCAAUCAAUUACCCGAGGAGGCAAUCUAUCAAGAUGCAGCAAUUUCCACCAGUUCCUACGUGGAGUCAUAUGAGGCUCGAGCCUCAAGGUAAUUAUAGUAAAGCACUCAUGGCCACCACGGUCUCUGGACUGCUCUCGUCCGGAUUCUCCCUCGCUCCCUCCCUUCACCAUCAUUAUCCUCGGCUGUCCGUCCGAGAUGGCAACCUCACGUUCGUUUUCGGGGGUCCUCUCCCUUCUGCUACUGUUCCAACUGUCUUCUUUCGUUUCUGCUGCCCCAUGGAUUGUCACUGCGGACUACCAGGAGGUGGUCACCACUGAACGGCAUUACUAUGCAACAUACACCACCACUCUCGUUGAGCAAAUCACUCCCACCGUCACGUCCAUGCCCGAGGCCGUCUCAACCGCCACCUCCCUCGGCUCUUCAAACUACUACUACUACUACAACGACGAUGAAGACGCCGAGAAGGAUGUGACUAUCAUUCAACAGCUUUACCCCACAGGCGUCGGAUCCGUGGUUGAUGAUUACGACUACGGUUACGGCUAUGGCUAUGACGACGAUGAUAUCUACCACAGCACCAAGUUCGUUGUCAACAUGACUUAUUCAGCGCCCACCGGUUGCUCGUCUCGCUGGACCCAAACAACAGCCGUCGAGGUUGUUCCGCCCACAGAGGUCCAGGAUCUGCUCCCACGCACGGCUGUUGCUACAUCGAUCUCGGUCGAUUCCUCGAGGCCUUUUCAGCCCACGACCUACACCAUCGACAUUGUCUAUGUUGAUCCGACGCAGAUCCCCACGAGCUCACUAGAGUCGAUGAGCUUGUACAACCGGCCUACCUCAUUGUACACUGCUUCCAGCUGUGCCUACACGGGCAGCAACGGGAACGGCUACUACGGCGGCAGCUCGUACUACGGUGACUACGGCUAUGACGACGAUUACAACUGGUUCACAGACGAUUAUUACAUGGGCAUUUCCCCGUUGGCCCUCACCCUUAUUUUGACACUUGGCUGGAUCGGCCUCUGUUUGAUUUUAGGUUUCCUGGAAGCGUGGAUUCGGUUCCGCCGCCUGAUGAUGGGCUGGCAAACACGUCGCGGUCUCCCCGUCUGCUGGUCACUGACCAUUCUCCCCUUCACUCUGUUACUGCUAUGCUUUUUCCGGAAGGGUUAUCGAGCACGCACCGAUGCAGAUGGGGAGGUCCUUCGCAAGCGGUGGAAGGCAAUGGGGUUCUGGACUAAGCUGCGUCUCUUCUUCGUCUGGGGAUUCCGGUACAAAUACCCGCCGGUGUUGGGUCCUGCACCUGCCCGGGUCAAGACUAGCAAGCAGCCAGCAAAGAAUCCCGGUCCUCGACUGUUGGAGCCCAGUCCCUCGCCCAGCGUGGCGCCACAAUCGCGGCCAGGAUCAGCCUCUGCACCCACCGCUGCUGCUGCUGCUGCUGCUGCUGCUCCAGCUUCUACUUCAGCUGAUCCCGAAAUGGCGAUCGUUUCUUCCACCCCAGUCACGCACCCACAAGAAGCCACUGUGCCGCCGCCAACAACGACUACUGCCCCUGAAGCGCCAUCUCAUCACCAGGAUGAUGAGAUUGGUCGGGCGAACUGAUCUCUCGAGCCGUGUCCAAAAUGCUCAUGUCCUAGUCUGAUACCCUGACAGCCACUCUUUCUUCUUAUACUAUCAUCCAUCACGUCACAGAAAACCCCUGAUUCUAUGUCCAAUGAAUUAAUGUAUCCCAUAAUAAUCUAAUGUAUUUACUGGGUCCUACAAUUUGGGCCAGAUGACGGUGCCCGCAGUAGCACCGCUUAAUAUAUACCUGAUAAUACCCUCCCACCAAGUAUAUCAAGCAACUAGUUAUAAGAGAAAACAAUUAUAUGACCAGUGACCGGCUGCUUUCUAUAGCAUGCCCAGGGAAC